CAACAACAGAGAAACCUCGUUUGUCACUCUGCAAUGGCGCAUACCAAGGGAGGACCAUGCCAAAAAGGCAAGAAUGGUUUGCUUCUACUUGUAGUGGCGGCGCUCCUUGCUUUAGCGCCCAAAGCAUUGCCAGAGGCUCUUGUCUUGCAGAGGAGCCCAACAGCUCCCCCAAGCAUUUCGCGAAGUCCGGAUGCUGCACCAGCUUGGAUGGCCAAGGUGGUUCCCAAUAUGGUUUUUGUCAGCAUCGCUGCUGCCACUGCCAUGGCAACAGCUGGAGGGAAGAGCAGAAGUUUGUUCGUGGGACAAUCCAGGCCCAGCCGCCAAGUGAGCUGCGAGCGAGCACAACAAGAUGUUCGACAAGUUCCUGUUCACGUGGAGGAAGAGGAGGUGGGCAUUUCUGCAUCUCCACCAGCAAAUCUGUACGAACUCUUCGGAACACCUUCCACUGCAGAUUCGAAAGACAUCAAGAAGAAAUAUCACGACUUGCAGAAGCUUUGCCAUCCUGAUGUCGCAGGCCCAGAGGGCGAGGAAAUUUGCAUUCUUCUCAAUGAUGCGUGGGAGCUGCUUUCCGACCCAGAGAAAAGAAAAGAUUACGAUGCUCAGAUUGAGUUGGCGAAGCCAGCAAAAAUUGUGGUGAAGCCGCCGGUGUGCACCGAAAUCACACCAACCUGGAAGGGCGAGAGGAAGACAUUGAAACACCAUACAGACUACACUGGGAUCCCGCUGUCUCGCAGUCGCUGGGCAAAAGUGCCCCCUGAAGAUCGUGGUGAGAGGCAUCUGGAAGAGAAGAUGCUUUUUGUUGAUGAGUGGGCUUGCAUUUGCUGCCGAAACUGUUGUGAUGUGGCUCCGCAAACCUUUUGCAUUCAAAAUGACAACGGACGCGCAAACGUUUACACGCAGUGGGGAAACUCCGAGGAGUACUUGGACUAUGCUGUAGCAUCUUGUCCUGUGGACUGCAUCUACUGGGUGAGUCGAGAGGAGCUGCAGGUUCUGGAGUACGUCACCGCUCAGAAGAUGGUCGAUGAGAAAGGGCAGCUACCAUGCCCACUCUCAUAUAUGCAGGGAAUGCUCAACAAUCCUCCGAAUGAUCCGUUUGAUGAUGCAAGACAAUUCAAAGCCAAGAGGGAAGAAGAAGCAAGGCGAAAAGAACAAGCUGAACACACCUCUGCAGCCGCGAAUGUUGAGGCAUGGUUCCAGAGGAUCAUGGAUGUGUUCGAGAAUUUGUCCCAGAAUCUGCGGGCAAACGCCGUGUCCUUGGGAUUUGAGAACUUGAUUCAACCUGCUGUGCUUCCACCCUAGUAGCGAUGGCCAACCUGCUAGCGAUGGCCUCCAUUAAACCUGUUGUGCUUCGCAUGACUUGAGAUCAUGAUCCACAUGAAGAAGUGAAGAGAUCGUGGAGACAUUUGUCGCAUAGCUUUGCCAUACAUUCCUGAUCAUUUAUUAAUAGGUUGACAAAGUCGACUGAAGAAUUCGACGGGUAACGACUUUGUCAAGUCGUUUGCAUACCGAGUUCGGCGUUUUGAGAUUGAACCUAUUUUCCAUUGAUCUCAAACGACGAAAGAUUUUUGGCCGUCCACGUCGGAUGGCCAGGGUCCAAGAGAAACAAACAGACUGCAACC